CCCCCCAGCAGGUGCUUGCUCUGGACGGAGGGCACAGAGCGAAGCAGAGCUCCCCUUGCCCUGGCGCAGCCGCCGCCGGGGCCGCACACUGGUCCCAGCCCUGCGCUAUGAGCAGAGGCACUGCUCGAGGCAGAGGCUCCUUUGUGCCCUGGUCGAGGCAGAACUGGCCCAGCACUACCCAAGGUUUCCUCAACCACCCUCGUAUCCCAGGAAGGAACCAGGGAGCAUUUCUGCAGCAGCAGCUCCUGGCGGAGCAGGGCACUGAGCUCUGUUCCCUUCAGGGAUCCUGGGAUAUCAGAGGUGUGCGAGCUGCGGCCCCGGCUCCUGCAGAGAGAUGGCAGCUCCGCUGGAGCAGAGCAGGGUGCGAUUGGUCCUCCAGUGAGCAUCCUUGGGCAAAGCCCUCCCCACGGUGUUGCCCUCCUCAGUACCACCAUCAGAGCAACGCGGAGAGAGGCUCUGACAGCAUCAGGCUCAAUUUCCAGAGGCUCUCUCUUGCUGGCCAAGACUGUGAAUGGGAAAUCCUGACUCUUUUCAGGCAGCUCAGGGAGGGGGAGACUCGCACAGUUCAUGAGCUGGCACGGAAGCUUCGAGUUCAGAAGAAAGAGGUCAACCGUGUUCUGUAUAAACUCUUCAGAGAAGGCAAGUUGCACAAGGGAGGGGAGACACCGCCUCUGUGGAGCAUCAGCAGCCCCAGCACAGGGAGGGAGAGGAGCCCCACUGAGCACAGCAGUGGUCGCCCAGCUCCAGCUGGAGAGAGCGGAGGAGAGAAGAGCACAGCUGCUUCAGGAGACGCUGAGCUCACGAUGGCGGAGACCAAGGACAAGAUUUGUAACUACUUGUUCAGCGUGGCAGAAAGCACAGCGCUCAACCUGGCCAAAAACAUCGGCUUCUCGAGGGCCAAGGACGUCAGCGCCUUCCUCAGCGCCCUGGAGAAGCUGGGGGAUGUCCACAAGCAGAACACGAGCCCCCCGCGGUGGUCGCUGACGGACAGGAAGCGUGAGAGGAUGCAGAUGAGGCUGAAGGCCAGUGCAGUGAUGCAGAAGGCAGAGCCCAAACCUGAACUGGGGUUUCCCCCUUGCUCUGUUCCUCCAGGCCCCCAGGAGGGGACAGCAGCUUCCCCAGCAGUGAGCAUGGCAGGAGGAGAAGGGGCAGAGAACGGAGAGCAGCCUUCGGGGCACGCUGAGCACAGCGAGGGCAGUGACACGAAAGCAGCCCUGCCUGAGGACACAAAGCCCCAGUUCUCCAGUUUGAGUCACUAUGAUAACUCUGAGAACGGGAAGUGGGCCACGGAUGAUAUCCCAGAUAACCUGAACUCCAUCAAAAAGCAGCCUGAGGAGGCAGAAGCCAUCAUGAGCUCCCCAGCUUCCCCCAGUUACACGGCCCAGUUUGAAGCUGCUUUACCUUGUACACCUGUGGAGAAGCUGCUGGCUUGUCAGGAGAAGAACCCAGUGAGUGGCCUUACUGAGUAUUCCCAGUACACCUACCAGCACUGUGAGUUUGCCAUGCUGGAGCAGAGUGGACCCUCUCACGAGCCACGGUUUAAGUUCCAGGCAGUGAUCAAUGGGCGUCGCUUCCCACCAGCAGAAGCAGGGAGCAAGAAGCUGGCUAAGCAGGAGGCAGCAGCCAAUGCUAUGAAGGUCCUGAUGCGUGAAGCAGAAAAUGGAAGACAAGGGGGGAUUAAAUGUGAAGAACCCUUUCCCUCUGAGAGCUCUGAACCUCUGCCUUUGCCUCCGGAGCCGGAGCCAGAGCCAGAGCCCUCACCUGCAGCAGCUCCCCUCAGCCUGCUCCCUGGGAAGCAUCCCAUCAGCGUGUUGAUGGAGUAUGGGCAGAAAUCUGGCAACACCAUUGAAUUUCAGCUGCUCUCUCAGGAAGGGCCACCUCACGAUCCCAGGUUCAGCUACUGUGUGAAAAUGGGUGACCAAAUUUUCCCUGCUGUGGUAGGAAACAGCAAGAAGGGAGCAAAGCAAAUGGCAGCAGAAGUUGCUGUGAAGAUUCUUUCUGGAGAGUCUGUCCCCCGUGUCUUGCCUGAACAGCCUGUGGUGAAGCCCCAAGGUGACCAGCCCAUGCACAGCUCUGCACCAUGGAUUCCCCCUCCGGAUGAAUCCAAGGUGCCAAAAACAAAGGGUGUUGGGGAGCUCAUCAAAUACCUUAAUGUCAACCCUGUCAGUGGUCUGCUGGAGUACGCCCGCUCCAAUGGCUUUGCUGCAGAGUUCAAGCUCAUUGACCAGUCAGGACCUCCCCAUGACCCCAAGUUUGUGUAUCAGGCAAAGGUUGGAGGCCGCUGGUUCCCAGCUGUAACUGCUCACAGCAAAAAGCAGGGCAAGCAGGAGGCAGCGGAUGCAGCCCUCAGAGUCCUCAUUGGCGAGACUGAGAAGAUUGAGCGCAUGGAAGGGAUGAACAUCCCUGAGCUCCCCGUGAGUGGCAGCACCCUCCAUGAUCAGCUGGCUAUGCUGAGCCACCAGCGCUUCAACACCCUCACUGCGCGCAUCCAGCACAGCCUGCUCGGGAGGAAGAUCCUGGCUGCCAUCAUCAUGCGGAAAGGCAGCAAGGGCCUGGGAGUGGUGGUCAGCAUCGGGACAGGUAACCGGUGCGUGAAGGGCGAGGAGCUGAGCCUGAAGGGGGAGACAGUGAAUGACUGCCACGCAGAAAUCAUCUCUCGAAGAGGCUUUGUGAGGUUUCUCUAUAGUGAGCUGAUGAAGUACAACCCCUCUGAUCCUUCCUCUGCAGAAGAGAGCAUUUUUGAGCCAGCAGGAGGGAAGAGGCUCAAGGUGAAGCGCGGUGUUACCUUCCACCUCUACAUCAGCACAGCACCGUGUGGAGAUGGGGCUCUCUUUGAUAAGUCCUGCAGCGAUCAGGCAAGCGUGGUGGGGCAGGCUCAGCAUCAGCCCCUCUUUGAGAACCCCAAACAGGGCAAGUUGCGGACCAAGGUGGAGAAUGGGGAAGGGACCAUUCCUGUGGAGUCCAGUGACAUUGUGCCCACGUGGGAUGGGAUCCAGCAUGGGGAGCGCUUACGCACCAUGUCCUGCAGUGACAAGAUCCUACGCUGGAACGUGCUGGGCUUGCAAGGGGCUUUGCUGUCACACUUCCUGGAACCAGUUUAUCUCAGCUCUGUUACGCUUGGUUACUUGUACAGUCAGGGUCACUUAACACGUGCGAUCUGCUGCCGCGUGGCCAGGGAUGGGAGCGUGCUGCAAGGCAGGCUCCAGGCUCCGUAUCACAUCAACCAUCCGGAGGUCGGGCGGGUGAGUGUCUAUGACUCCACACGGCAGACAGGCAAGACAAAGGAGUCCUCAGUGAACUGGUGCCUGGCUGAUGAGAGCGAAGUCGAAGUCCUGGAUGGCACCAAAGGGAAGGUCGAUGGCCCCAAGCUGGAGGUGUCUCGUGUGUCCAAGAGGGAAGUGUUCUCCCUGUUCCAGCAGCUGUGUGCCAAGACCAACCGCAGGGACCUGCAGAGCCUUUCGGUGUACUCUGAUGCUAAGGAGGCAGCCAGGGCAUACCAGGAGGCCAAGCAGAGCUUCUUCAGCACACUGGAGGAGCUGGGCUACGGCAGCUGGAUCCGCAAGCCCCAGGAGGAAGACAACUUCUCCUUCCCUGGGGCAUAAAGAGCUGCCCUCGGGGCA